AUGGCCCCCACUAAUGCCGUAAGGUGCGGCCCUUCGAGCAGGUCUGCUGGAGGCUCUGGUACUGCGUCCACGCACACGGCGAAUCCAAUCCCAACUAUUGCUGCAUCCACAAAAAGCACGCGUCUCCACCGAAAGUUUGCUGCUUUUGCACAUGCGUACUACUCUCAAUAUAAUACCAACCAGACCCCCAGCGCGGGAAGCAAUGCGAACGCCGCCGUGAACAAUACUUCAAACACGCAUACAUAUGCCUCCGGUUCACCUGGUACAUUAAUUCUUGGUACAACGGGCCCUACUGGGAUAUACUACCCCUAUUAUUAUCCUUUCACCACAGCUGCCGCUGCAAACCUGCUGCCGGACCCUCGCGUAGCAGGGCGACCGACUUUUCUGAUCCUGAACUCUGGGUAA